UGCAGAUAAGAUAAUGACACUAUAAAAGGGAAACAGAGAAAACUGAAAUCAAAUCAUCUUAAGAAAGUCAGACCGUCAACAUGAACAUCUUAUUAAGAUUUUUGAUAUUAUCGCUAAAAUUUAUAGUUGAUUUAAUUGGGGAUAUUUUCCACGCAUUCGGAUUAAAAGUUUCUCUUCUCAGCUAUGAUAGUUUGGUUAGAAGUCUCUCUAAACCCGCUAAAACUGAAUUAAUGAAGGCAGUCUAUGUUCAAGACAAUUUAAAAAUGUUUACAAAAUAUUUUACGGCGGGAAAUCGUGUUCCUUUAAGCGCUCAGUUCUUUUUUAAAAUCUGGGCUACGAAUCUUUUAGAAAUGAGAGUAAGAAUUAAUAGAUGUCUUAAGGAGGAUCCUUCAAUUUAUAGAGUUCCUUUCCGUCGUCCAGUGUUUUUUGUUACUCUAUGGAGAACGGGAAGUACUCACCUUCAUCAUCUUAUGUCUCAAGAUAAAAAGUGGAGAUGUCCCGAAUUAUGGGAAUUAGAAGAUUGCGCCCCACCACCGGGUGGCUUCGAUGACGAGAGAAGAAUUAAGAAAAGCGCCCUAAAAUGGGAUAUAACAUCGGUCCUAAUGGGUUGGAACGAUAUUAAUAAAGUACAUAAAUUUAAUGCAAGAAACCCUGAAGAUUUAUUAAUUUUAUACCAUACCGAUUUCGCUAUGGUUCAAACAGCACUAAUGCAUGAAUACGUCGAAGGUGUUUAUAUGGAUUUCGUUUGUAAUCCGAAGGAGUCUCUUCAAAAUAUUUACGAUCGCAAUCUGAAAACUCGGCUCCAAAUGAUCUGCAGAAAUUCUGAUAUGGAAAGGAGACGACUUUUAACGAUGAUACACACUUUUCCAGUUCAUAUGGAAAGCUUAUUGGAAACAUUUCCAGAUGCUCAAAUAAUUACCUUGCACAGAGAUCCGGCGAAUCAAAUUAAAUCGGCUUGCGAAUUGAUUAAAGUAAAUACACAGUCGACGAAAAGAAUCUUUGCAAGCGACAAUGUUGGUUAUGGAAGAAGAGUGUUCAAAGCCGUUUUAAGAGAUACUAAAAGAAUGAUUAAAUGGAGGGAAGAUCCAAAAUUGCAAGCCAAAGAUUUCGAAAGGUUUAUCGACGUUCAAUUUAAAGAUUUAAUUGAAGAUCCAAUCGGUACAGUAGAGUACAUUUACAAAAAACUGGAUAUGACAUUAGAUCAAGAAGCAAAAGUGAAUAUGCUGAACUUUUUAAACGAUCACACAAAAUCAACAAAGAAUACUAAAGUAUCGAAAUUGUUCGAUUACGGAUUAACUGAAGAUUAUGUGAGAGAUUCUCUAAAGUAUUAUAUAGACUAUUUCAAUGUUAAAUUAUAA